GGAAGCGACGUCUGGAGCCGUCUUCGUUCAUUGAUAUAUAGCAGCCAAGAAAUUCUGUGAGCAGGACUUGUCGUUGUUUUUAAAAAGAAAAACAUGUUUUUUUGAAACCCGUCCAGGGUUUAGGCAAGCGAAGCUGGCGUGACGUCAGGCGCAGGCAGGAGAGAGUGAGAAAGGGGAGGGAUGACCGGAGCUACUCCUUGUAACCUUUUUCUUUUCUCCUUUCCCCAAAAAUGUUCCGAAACAAAUGACAUUGCGAAUGAAAUAGCUUGGAGACAAAAUGCACAAAGGACCGAGACAGGCUCGGAUCGCAAACUAAAAGGCACCUGGGUUAUUUUCUAAGAUUUCCAGUUUGUUUUGGUGUUGUUAUCGUUCCAUAGUAGUACUGAAACAAUCCAAUUAAACAGGUAGCUCACCUCGAAUCCGGAAGAACUCGCCUUGCAGGUUGUUGAUAGCACAGCUUUCUCUAACUUCUCUAAGCAGUCUGCCGCAUUCAGUUGUUUUUGUUUUUUACGCUUGUUUAUAGUCCGAGGAGGGGGGGAAAGGGGAUCAGAACCGUAGGCUAUACGGAUUAAGAGACAACAGGAUGGAAAAAAGAAAGAUCUUUGUUUUGGUGGACUUUGCGUGUGUCCUAGCGGUCUCCCUGCCCUUCGUGAUCAUGACCCUGCUCCACAAGCCGUACCAGCGCGGGUUCUACUGCGACGACGAGAGCAUCCGCUACCCCUACCGGGGGGAGACCAUCUCCCACGGCAUGAUGGCAGGGGUCACCAUCACCUGCAGCGUCCUCAUCAUCGCAUCAGGAGAGGCGUACUUGGUUUACUCGAAGCACCUCCACUCCAACAGCGAUUUCAACCAGUACCUGUCUGCGCUGUACAAGGUGGUGGGCACCUUCAUCUUCGGGGCGGGGGUCAGCCAGUCCAUCACCGACCUGGCCAAGUACACUGUCGGCCGACUGCGCCCCAACUUCCUGGCAGUGUGUGACCCCGACUGGAACAAGAUCAACUGCUCCAGGGGGUACGUGAUGCUGGAGUCCAUCUGCAGGGGGAGCCCCCGCAACGUCACCGAGUCCAGGUUGUCCUUCUACUCCGGUCACUCCUCCUUCGGGAUGUACUGUAUGCUGUUCCUGGCACUCUAUGUCCACGCUCGUUUAGUGGCGAAAUGGGCUCGUCUGCUCCGUCCCACGAUCCAGUUCUUCCUCAUCUCCUUCGCUCUGUACGUGGCCUACACGCGGGUCUCGGAUUACAUGCACCACUGGAGCGACGUUCUGGUGGGGCUCCUGCAGGGGGCGCUCAUAGCCACUCUCAAUGUGCGUUACGUGUCCGAUUUCUUCAAACGGAGACUCCCCAGAGUGCAGCAGAGAACGCAGCAGGAUGAACUGGAGUGUAAACCAAGCCUGCAUGCGGCUGAUUUGGAACGCAACAGCCAUUACAGCCUUCCAGGGGCUAUCUAAUGAACGAAUGAGCGAGCGAGCGAGUGAACCACCCCCAAAAAACCACUGGACUUUAAAAGAGAGACCGAGAGAAUUCGGACUGUGUAAAAUCAAUGACAGCGCUUCACCUUUAUAUAUAUAUAUAUAUAUAUAUA